UUUUAGUAACAAAACCUCUUUAUUGCUACGUAGAUAGCACAACACGACUUAUAUCCAUUCUACCACCGCAACUACCACCACUAUGUCUAGCGAUCCCCCAGCCGCAGUACGCGCACACCUUGCUCUCUUACUAUCCGCCAUCCAAGAGCCUACCACGGAAAAAAUACUACUUCAACAACAGCCCUCCCCAUCUCCUAUCCGCGGUAUUGCACUCGAGCAGUUCCUUCUUCGACACCCACCCACCGGAAUCCCCGCUACCAUUAUCUACGCUAUUCUCUUCAAGGUCAUGAACGCGCUGACGACUCUCCACAAGCACCACGUUGUGCACGGCAAUGUCUGCGCUGAGAAAAUCAUCCUUGAAAUGCCGGCCGUAGCCUCUCUAUUCGAUCAACGCGCGACCCACAUGACCGUCCACCUCCUUCUCUCCCGCUUCUCUACAGUCACACCCGCCCCCGUCACAAACACACAGUCAGAGGACGAUGUGAAGGGAGUACUCCAUACAAUCACCAAUCUCGCCAUAGAGAAUGAGUAUGUCGUCGAGAAGAAGAACAACAGGAUUGACCACCACAUGCCCCCCGUCUCUGCCAAACCGUCCGCGCUUCUUGCGGAGUUGGUCUGGGACUUGGAAAAUAUGAAAAUACACCCAACUGGUCUCGAAAGCCUUAGGCAAAAGUGGUGGAAGCCUAUGGCGCUGGUAUUAAUGGCGCCCAACGUUCAGGCUACACAGGAAGAGGUUGAAGAGAUGCGCUCCAAGGCACCUGAUGCGUUUACAGAGCUGCUUCCCGAAUGGUGCAUCGUUUUAUGUGUGGUGUGUGAGGGGCCGAGACAUCAUGAGAGGUUUGGGAGCGCUAUCUAG